GUGUAUCCACUCGUCUCCUACCUCCUAGCUCUUCCAUCCUCAUCUCCUCAGGAUGCCUCCUCAGCUUCAGUCCCGGGACCAGAUCGGCACAAGGGUGGUGCAGGGAGAUCUAGGCGCCCUCAGUCCGGCCGUGAGGGAGUUUGUGGAGGUUAACGUUGCCCUGUGCCAGCCAGACUGUGUACACAUCUGCGACGGGUCCGAGGAGGAGAACAAGACACUCCUGGUGCAGCUGGAGGAACAGGGCCUGCUCAAGAAGCUGCCCAAAUACCACAAUUGUUGGUUGGCACGUACAGACCCCAGAGACGUAGCCCGGGUGGAGAGUAAGACAGUGAUCGUGACCCGUGAGCAGAGGGACACAGUGCCCUCUCCUGUAGGGGGAGGGAACAGCCAGCUGGGGCGAUGGAUGUCCCCCGAGGAGUUCGACAAGGCUGUGACACAGAGGUUUCCUGGAUGCAUGAAAGGCCGUACGAUGUAUGUGAUCCCCUUCAGCAUGGGUCCGCUGGGCUCUCCUCUCGCUAAGAUCGGGGUGGAGCUAACAGACUCCCCUUAUGUUGUGUUGAGUAUGCGGGUGAUGACCAGAAUGGGCAAGAGCGUUUUGUCCCACCUGGGUAACGGAGAGUUUGUACGCUGCCUGCACUCAGUCGGAUGUCCUUUGCCACUCAAAAGGCCCUUGGUGAAUAACUGGCCAUGCAACCCUGAGUUGACCCUGAUCGGUCACAUCCCUGAGAGGAGGCAGAUCAUCUCCUUUGGCAGUGGGUAUGGAGGAAACUCUCUUCUGGGCAAAAAAUGCUUUGCCCUGCGCAUCGCCUCUAGGAUCGCUAAAGAGGAGGGCUGGCUCGCAGAACACAUGCUGAUCUUGGGAGUGACUAAUCCAGCAGGAGAAAAGAAGUACAUGGCAGCUGCAUUCCCUUCGGCUUGUGGGAAAACCAAUCUGGCCAUGCUGAGGCCCACUCUGCCUGGUUGGAAGGUGGAGUGUGUGGGGGACGAUAUCGCCUGGAUGAAGUUUGAUGACCAAGGAAAUCUUCGUGCCAUUAACCCCGAGAACGGAUUCUUUGGCGUAGCUCCUGGUACGUCAGCCAAAACCAACCCCCACGCCAUGUCUACCAUUGUCCAGAACACCAUCUUCACCAAUGUGGCCGAGACCAGCGAUGGAGGAGUGUACUGGGAGGGCAUGGACCAGGAGCUGCCAGAGGGGGUCACCAUCACAUCCUGGAAGAACAAGCCCUGGACCAAAGAAGAUGGUGAACCAUGUGCCCACCCAAACUCGCGGUUCUGCACACCGGCGGGACAGUGCCCCAUCAUCGACCCGCAAUGGGAGUCUCCCGAGGGUGUUCCCAUAGAAGCCAUUAUUUUUGGGGGAAGAAGACCAGAAGGCGUACCUCUGGUGUAUGAGGCCUUUAGCUGGGAGCAUGGAGUAUUUGUGGGAGCGGCCAUGAGGUCUGAGGCCACGGCUGCAGCCGAGCACCAAGGUAAAGUGAUCAUGCACGACCCAUUCGCCAUGCGCCCUUUCUUUGGCUACAACUUCGGCCAGUACCUGUCCCACUGGCUCAGCAUGUCCCAGCGCCCAAAUGCCAAGCUGCCCAAGAUCUUCCACGUCAACUGGUUCCGGAAGUCCCCAGAGACUGGCUUCCUGUGGCCCGGGUUCGGAGACAACAUCCGGGUCUUGGAUUGGAUCUUCAAGAGAGUCACGGGUCAAGCGGGUGCAAUGCCAUCGACCGUGGGGUACCUGCCCUGCCAGCAGUCCCUCGACCUCCGGGACAUGACCCAGGAAGUAGAUCUGCAGAAGCUGUUCCAACUGGAUAAAGAGUUUUGGGAACAGGAAGUGAUGAAAGUGAGGGAGUAUUUUACGACGCAGGUUAAUGUUGAUUUGCCGAACGAGAUCGCGAGGCAGUUAGAUCAGCUGGAGCAGCGGGUUAGACAGAUGUAAAUGAAAUAAAUGGACAAACUGAAGUGGAUAUUUUUAACUAGCUUAUCCAUGGUAUUUUCAUAUAGUAUUUUUAAAUAUAAAAUAAAAAUAAUUGUAGCCAAAGUUUUACUCAGGGAUGUUAAUUACAAUAAUGGAUGGUACAGUUUUAAGUAUUAAAUAUAGAUAAUAUUGUGAAAUUUAGGAUUAAACAAAACUUAAAUUUCUAGAUUUUAGUGGUACUUUUGUUUAGAAUUUUUUAUUAUAUUUUUAUU